CUCGGCCAGCUUCGAUGUGGACAUCGAGAACUUUGUACGGAACCAGGAGAAAGAAGGCAAGGCUUUCUUCAGCGAAGACCCCGAUUUAGACAAUCUGUAAAUUUACUGGGAAUACAGGUGUUACGCCGUCAAGGCAGUGCAGUUGUAAAAUUGGAGAUUACACAGAAAAGGUAAGUAAGCUAUUUAAUCACACUAAAAUCAUGUUAAAAUGCAUAUUGUUUACGUCUUGUGGCUAUACUUUUGAAACAGUGAGUAUUUUAACAUUUACAGAUUGGCCCCAUUCACUUCCAUUGUAAGUGCUUCAUUGCAAUACAGAGUUUUUUGCUUUUUUUAUUAUUUUUUUUUAAUCCCCUUUUCUCCCAAUUUGGAAUGCAAUCAACAUUAUGCCACAAAUGCUGUCGAUCGAACUUAACAUGUAUUCAACCCAUCCUGAAAUAUUCCUUUUACAGGUUUUAAAUGGGCAAAUUUGGUUUGUUACUAGCACAAGCUGGUUAUUUUUGCAGGUAGACCAGCUUAGUCCAGUGUAGCCAUGAUGGGUGACCAACCAAAACCAGCACGAAAUUGCACAUAGCAUGCUUUAUACUGCUCAAUAAGAUGGGGUAAUAUAACAUUUACAGUAUAUUGACUGGUGAACAAGCUUAGACCAGCUAGGCUGUUUUAUUUAAAAAACAAAAAAUCCCCCCAGCAGAGGGUUUGACAAAAUUUUCAGGUCAUUUUUGGGACAGUUAUGUAUAACUUUGGGUUUGCAUGAAAAAAAUAUUUUAAUUUUGAACGAAACUACAGUACUUAUAUCAUUCUGAGCAUGUGCACAAACACUCUGUCUACCUGAGUGUACUCGCUCAAUAAUGAAAUUAAAAGAGGGUGAGCUUUUCUGUGUUUGGAUUCGGUUUUCAGAUUUGACUAAUGGUGGGGUCGGGUUGGAUUACUGAUAAUGUCUCGGUACGAUGUCUUGUUAACUAUGCUGUAUGCUUUGACUGGGCUCAGAUGGUGAAGGCCAUCCAGGUGUUGCGGAUUCACCUGCUGGAGUUGGAGAAGGUGAGCGACCUGUGUAAAGAUUUCUGCAGCCGCUACAUCGCCUGCCUCAAGACCAAGAUGAACAGUGAAACUCUGCUGAGCGGGGAACCAGGAAGCCCCUACUCCCCAACACAGACACAGCCACCAAGCUCAUUCUCUGGAGCCCUGAGUCCUCAAGGUAUUGUAGUACCAGCAUCUGCCUUACAGCAGAGCAACGUUACUGUCACAGCUGUAAACCCCACACAGGUGGUCACAGGUGGUACCGUGUAUCAGCCCGUUACAGUUGUUACUCCGCAGGGGCAGGUGGUCACACAGACUCUGUCACCUGGAACAAUACGCAUCCAGAAUUCACAGCUUCAGCUGCAGCUGAACCAGGAUCUGAGCUUUUUCAGUCAGGAAGAGUGUUCGUCUAAGGCAAAGAGAGGCAUCCUGCCCAAACACGCUACCAACGUCAUGCGUUCUUGGCUUUUCCAGCAUAUCGGUCACCCUUAUCCUACAGAAGACGAGAAGAAAAAGAUCGCCCUGCAGACCAACCUGACCCUACUGCAGGUUAACAACUGGUUCAUAAAUGCACGGAGACGGAUCCUGCAGCCCAUGUUAGACGCCAGCUCCUCAGACACACCCAAGAGCAAAAAGAAGACGCCCCAGACACGCCCCCUCCAGCGCUUCUGGCCCAACUCCCUUGCCUCCUCUUUCUCCCAGCAACAAGUUACCAUGGAAGACGGUACCACGGUAACAGUCGGCGUGGGCGAAGAUGGGCUGCAGACACUCUCAUCGGAUGGAGCUACGUUGGCCAUGCAACAGGUCAUGAUGGGAGGUCACAGUGAGGAGGAUGAUGAUGAGGAAGAUGAUGAAGAUGAUGAAGACAAUGAUCCUUCUCACUCCGACAUGACCAGGCUGGGUCUGGAAACUAGCGACUCGCUGUAGUACGACCACACACACACACACACACACACACAUACUCUGAAAGUGAUGUGGAGAAAGACAUUAAUCAGAGGAGUAUCAGAGCACUAAAAUGAAAGAAAGUGGAAGGAGGUAGGUAGACAUGACGAGAGAGAGACAUUCAAACAAACGAACCUCGGCUGAUGUUUUAAAGGUUGGUCACUGCACAUGUCCUCAAGUUGUCAAACAGCUUGUUUGGAGUACAGAUAAAGGGCUUUAAGCCACACAUACACACACACACACUCAAACAACCCACACAUGCACCUAUACAGUCAAAAUGAAGAGCACAAGUCUGCAGUCAUUCUCUCUCGCGGUCGAACACAAGCAUCAUUUCCUUAGCCGAGUGCACUUUUUUUGUAUGAUACUGUAAACUUAAAGUGUUCAAAGCACAGUUUGAAAGAAGCAAAGAGGAAGGAAUUUUAAAAUAAAUGUUCACCCAAACAUUUAUAUUCUGUCAUUGUUUACUCGCAUCGUUCUAAUCCUGUGUGACAUAUCGUAAGCGUUUGGAACAACAUGACGGUGAGCACUGUAAAUAACGACAGAAUGUUCAUUUUUGGGUGAACUAUGGCUUUAAUGCUGGAUGAUUUGGCUGUACUUAUCCUAAUCGUCUCGGAUACCUUGACAAUGAGAUUUCGUCUUGCAUGCCUGUGUUUGCUUUAAUUGCCAGGCACCAGGAAAAGAAGGAACUAUUUUUAUAGUACACUGUCAUAAAUGAUUGGUGCCAAUAUUUCUCUUUUUUUUUCCAUUAGCUUGGUUUGCUAUGUUUUGUAAGGAAUAUUUAUGUAUGAAAAAACACUUUUAAUGUGGUCACCCUGUUUUUGGGGGGUUUGGAUUGUGGUAACUAAUUACUUUGAAUAACAAAAUAAAUUCUACAGAGUUAUUGACUAAAGGUUUUUACAUGUCUAAUGCCACAAUGUGAGACGCUAUCAUAUUUGUUUAAAACAUCACCGAUGUCCUGUGCAAUUGAGAAAAAUUUGAUAAUAUUUAUGAUAUUCAAUGCUUGUAAUUGUUGUGUAAGAAAGACAGGUUAUUGCUUUUUAAUGGUUGUAUUACAAAAAAAAAAAAAAAAAAAAAGUAGUGGAAUACAGGACAUCAAAAAUACUUUGUAUUUAUGUACAUUUUUGCCAAAAUGACUCAUUAUUGGUACAUUCAGCUCCAAAAAUUACUGAAUUUUUUUAUUUUCUCCAGAGUUAUCUUGGACAGUUCCUAAAGAAAUAUGUUCUUAAAGGGAUAGUUCUCCCAAAAAUGAAAAUGAUCUCUUCAUUUACUCACCCUCAUGCCAUGCCAGAUGUGUAUGACUUUCUUUCUUAA